AUGGAUUUCGACAUCAAUCAAGCCCUCAAGACCUACCUCACCAACCCGCUUGAGACAGACACGCCCGAUGCCCAUCCCGACCUGCUGGAAUGCGAACACAACCCGGAAGACUUGACUCCCGCCCUGGUCAACUCCGUAUUGAAUCCCAUCGUGGAUGCAAUCACUGAAAACCCUGAAGCUGUUGCUCGUUCCGUCAACUUUGACUCGUUGCAGUUCCUUCUCAAGUGCGCUCCCACUCGUCAACAAGACGCUUCUCAGACACAUGUGCCUGACCAUGACCUCAGAAAAUUCAACCUUAUCCCCACCCAAUCGCUCUCCAAGCUCCUCGAUCUGAUCCUCUCCGCUCUUUCCGCCGAGGCCGAUGCUGUACACAAUGACAUCGAAGCUGACGAACAAGACUCGAUCCCCCAGCACAAGCAGCUUCUCGAGAUGCUCUCCUUCCUCCUCAUGUGGUGCUUCACCAGCGUCGAAACCAGAGUCGUCUCCGAGAAAUCCGCUGCCCCGGCUGCUCGUGGAAGAGGAAGAAAAUCUGCUACAACAAAAAAGUCUGCAAAAGACGCUCCGUGGGAUCCUUCCAUGCAGAUUCAGUCUGCCCUCAACACAAUGACAAAGGUCAUGAAGCUCAAGCUUGCAAGGAUUUUUGUCACCACUUCCGAGCGCGAUACCUUUAUCGGCCUCUUCACACGCCCCGUCUACCUCAUGAUGGAAAACGAAGCAAGAGUCAAAAAUAAUGCCAUCAAGAUGCACGCCUUCAGAGUCUUGUGCAUUGCCGUCAAGCACCACGGCCAUGCUUCAGGAGCACAGACAAACAUCAUCCAGAGUCUUCUGUACUUUGAGCACCUCUCGGAGCCAAUGGCUGAAUUGCUCAACAUUCUCGCUGCCGAAUACGACUAUCCUCAGCUUUCCGAAGAAGUCUUGCGCGAGCUGAGCAACCAGGAAUUCAGCAGCAGCGACUUGAAGGGGCCCAAAUCUGUAUCCACAUUCAUCACAAAAUUCUCCGAGCUGGCGCCACGACAGGUCAUCAAGCAAGUCAUGUUGCUCGCAAAAUUGCUCGACAGCGAGUCUUACACUUUGCGUUGUGCCAUCAUCGAAGUUUGUGGAAACUUGAUUGCCAUGUUGAGCAAGCAGGAAGGUGAAGAGCGCAGUGAGAACCACAAAGGUCAGAUCAAUGCCUUUUUCGAGGUGCUUGAAGAGCGCUUCCUCGACAUCAACCCUUAUUGCAGAUGCCGCGCAAUUCAGGUCUACAUGAAGCUCUGCGAGCUCGAAACAAAGUACCCGAAACGCAGGCAGAAAGCAGCAGAUCUCGCUUGUCGCAGUCUAGAAGACAAGAGCAGCAACGUCAGAAGAAACGCCAUCAAGUUGCUUGCAAAACUUAUCGAGACUCAUCCAUUCGCUGUCCUCCAUGGCGGUUUGCUUUCAUACACAGAUUGGAACUCGCGUUUAGAAGUUUGCGAGGCCGAAAUUGCUGCUCUGAAGCCACCGCAAGAAGCCGCUGGUAUGGUCGAACAGCAGGAAGCGACAGUCGACGAGGAACUCCUGGACGAUGCUACUCAAAUGUCGCCUGUCAAGGAUAAGCCAGCCAUGACGGAAGAGCAGAAGCAGGCAGCUUUCGAGAAGGCCGCCGCUGAGGCUGUCACAGCUGAGAUGAUGAACAAGCUCACCUUGACUCGUCGUUACUACCUCGAGGCCCUCAAAUUUAUUGAAGUACUCCACGAAGCCGCGACUAUUAUCACUCAACUUCUGGCCUCCAAGAACAAGUCCGAAGUCAUUGAAGCCAUGGACUUCUUCGUCAUCGCAAACGCAUACAGCAUCGAAAAUGGCCGGGCAGGCAUCCGAAAGAUGCUUCGCCUCAUCUGGACCAAGGGCAACAGUGACGAAGGCAAGGGUGUUCAAGCUCAUCUCAUAGAAUGUUACAAGGGCUUGUUCUUCCAAGCGCCAGAUAACUACUCCGCCAAUGACGCUGCCAAUUACAUCGCCAGAAACAUGGCCAGUUUGACCUUUGGCGCGACAGCUGCUGAACUGACCAGUCUGGAACAACUGCUCAGCACAAUGAUGCAAUCAGACUUCAUCAAAGAUCUGACUAUCCAGAAGUUGUGGCAGAUCUAUGGUGUCGAGCGCAGGGAAAUCUCGAGAAAUCAGCGUCGCGGUGCCAUCAUUGUACUUGGUAUGCUCGCUCUUGCGGACCCUGACAUUAUCGUCAAGGAGAUGACAACUUGCCUUCGCAUUGGCCUUGGAGCACGUGGAAGAGCAGAUCUGGUCCUGGCCAAGUAUACCUGCAUUGCUUUGAUGCGCAUGAACAACCCCAAGCACACCAAGGGCGUCCAAGCCGCUCCCACUUCAACACGCCUUCCAAACGACCACGCUGUUCUCCAGAAGCUGGCUGCAAUGGCAGAUGUGAAGUCUUCGAGCAAAGAGUGGUAUGGUCUUGCCGAGGCAGUCAUUAGUGCUAUCUACGCUCUCUCCAAGCACCCCGACGAAUUGGCAUCAGAAAUUCUCAGGUUCAAGACGAAGAAAGUGUUCUCACCGUCUGCUGUACCUACAAAGUCUGAGCCAGUCGAAGUUGAAGACGAUGGCGACAUCGAGAUGAGCGGUAUGGAUGAUGAGCCAAUGGAGGAGGCUCCUCCGAUCAAGAAAGAAGAGGAAGAAGUGGAGAUGCCCGCGGCAGAAGAUGCUGCUCUGCCCUUGUCUCAAUUGCUCUUCACCGUUGGCCACAUUGCGAUUAAGCAAAUUGUACAUCUGGAAAUGUGUGAGAUGGACUUCAAACGCCGGAAGAUGGACAAGGAGAAGCAGGCAGCUGCAGAACCCGCACCCACCAAGAAGGGCAAGGGUGCGAAGAAGGAUGCAAAGGACGUCAAAGAAGAGGAGCAAGAUGACCUUGACCUCAUCACUGGCACAACAGAGGAUGACUUUACCGAUGCUAUCGCGCAUGUUCGCGAGAGGGAGCUUCUCUAUGGUCCCCACUCACUGCUGGCCAACUUUGGUCCGCUGGUUCGUGAAAUUUGCAUGAACAACACAUCAUAUGCCAACCAAGAGCUGCAGGCACAAGCUGCUUUGUGUUUAGCCAAGCUGAUGUGUGUGAGCUCAGAAUACUGCGAGCAAAACUUGGGACUGCUCAUCACCAUUCUUGAGAGAAGUCCCGAUGCCACAACUCGCAACAACCUGGUGAUUGCACUCGGAGACAUGGCGGUCUGCUUCAACCAUCUGAUCGAUGAGAAUACCGACUACCUCUACCGCCGUCUAUCUGACAGGUCGUUACCAGUCAAGCGCACCUGUUUGAUGACGUUGACAUUCUUGAUUCUGGCUGGACAGGUCAAGGUCAAGGGACAACUCAGCGAGAUGGCCAAGCUUGUCGAGGACAGCGAUGACAGAGUGCGUGACAUGUCACGGAUGUUCUUCAGCGAAUUGGCUGGCAAGGACAAUGCAGUGUACAACCAGUUUGUCGACAUGUUCAGUCUUCUAUCUCGCGACGAGGCGCUCGAGGAAGAACAAUUCCGACGCAUCAUCAAGUUCUUGUCAGGCUUCAUCGAGAAGGACAAGCACGCGAAACAGCUUGCAAACAAGCUGGCGGCGAGACUUCCUAGAGCAGAGAAUGAGAGGGAAUGGAAUGACGUGGCAUAUGCACUUGGUCUUCUCCAGCACAAGGAUGAGGAGAUCAAUAAGGUUGUCAAUGAGGGGUACAAGGUUGUUCAGGCGACGGCUUGA